CUCUCACACUCUCUAUAUAAACAGUCACUCUUCACUCCUCUUAAACGCAAACGCAGAAAGUAGCAUUAAUAAGUAUUGUGAUCAUACUUUUAUUUUUCUUAAUUUCAAGCACAAAGCCGUAAGAGCGAGCGAACAAAAGAUGCAGACUGUAUCAGUUGACGAAACCAAAAACACGGUGGUGCUACGAGCUGAGCACCAGAACGAGGAAGGUCGGAAAGCUGUUGACAAGUUCGAGCUGAAGACUCGUAAUCCGGAGACGAUCAAGAGCGUCGAGCGGAAGCUGAUGGAGAAAGGCGUCCAGCGGAUGGAUCGUCAUCCUUCCGACGGGAUUCCGCUCAGGCGACCUCCCUCAAAGUCAGGUCACGGCGGGAAGUACACGUGGGAGGGACCGGAUCGGAUGGAGGAUUACGAGAUGCAGCCGGAUCCGGCGGCGAUGGACGAAGGGGAUCCUAACUACGAUGAGGAACAGGUGAAGAAGAAUCUGGAUGAUGACGUGGCGGUGGAUCUUGUCAAAGGAGAGGUUGAGGUGGCCAAGGAGGCUCCGGCUGGUGUGGCUAGAGUUGAGGUUGAUCCUCGCUUGCUCACUCGUUGAGGUUGUUGAAGGAAAGAAAAUGUUGGUUGGGGGCACAAUGUGAGAAACAGAGGAAAAAGUAGGGGUUGAAUUUGGAUUUUUUCUUUUUUUAGUUUUCUUCUUUGUGAUAUGACUCUGUAAUGUUCGGCUGGUGCAGCUGAACUUUAUCUAUGUAAAAAAAACAAUAAUUGUGAUCUGUUUGCAUUGAAAAAAUACACCAGUCGGCGGUGGUCUUUUUCAUUAUCCAA